AUGCAGUCCAACAUGAACCAACCCAUCCCACCCAGCUUAACGCGCACUGCUCGCCGCCUCUCGGGGACUGCCGUUGAGCUCGUCCUGGAAAUCAUCGACGUCCUACCUCUUGACAGGGUCCUUGAUCUCCUUGCCGCCGAGAACGGUAUUGACGAUGGUGGCUCGGCUUUGAAGGCCGCGAUCAGUAGAAGCGCCGCCUGGUCGAGCCUGCGAGAUGUGGACCUCGGCCGCCUGUCCAAGCUUUGGGUGGCCUUCAACCAGCUAUCGUUGUUGAUCACUGACCGGAGGGUCGUGAGCAGCCGUUUUCGGUUACCAGAGAUGAACUAUAUGUGCUACGACUUCAAGAAGAGAAAGACCACCGGGUUGGAGUUCAUGGAGAAGCUCGAGAAAGACCUCGAGACCAUCUUCAAUAACGCGAUCCUCUGGGACGAGAACUUCUUCGGGAAUCAGCGAAAUUCAAGGAACGUCAGCCUCAGGGCCGUGUGCCAGUUCACUCCCGACCAUAUAGACCUGUCGAACUACUACCCCACGGACGGCGUACCCAAGGAGCGACCUGAAGGGUCACGUAUGAAGACCGUGGAGGAGUGUAUCGAGCUGCUGCCACAUCUUUUCAGCGGCCAUCGGCGAUUGAAAGAAGCCAGGUCAUCUGAGCUUCGGCAUCUUGCCGAAUUAUUCGAAAUGUAUCCAGGUUAUCUGAUGUCUUCGAAGUCUGGAUACUACGGCGUAAAGAACCCGCUACAUAUCCCGAGAGAGCUCCGCGGCCGAGCUCGGACGUGGAAGAAGUCCAAGUCGUACAUGAUGUAUCAUCAUCCAGUAUUGGUGCCUCACGACGUCUGCUUUCGGAUAUUCUCCGUGUUCUUUGAGAAUAUGCGUUUGCCGACGAGGGACGAGGACGACAAAGAGUCCAAGGACAAAAGGAUGGAGAGGAAGAUAGCCACCAUGAUUCCUGCGGACCUUCGAAAGGAUUUUCGCACAGCUGCGGAAGGCAUCGACUCCAUAGACACCUACGAGGGCAGCUUCCCUCGCGCAUGGUCUUCGGUAUACGAACAGGACUAUAUUGACUUCCAGCGGGUAGUCACGAGGGAUCGGUGGAAGGUCAGCACAGAUUCCAGGAAGUACGGAAACUUCUUCCCCGCAACCACAAAGGAGAUUGCAUGGCUGGAUUCUUUCCUGCGCUGCGUCAAAUGGAUCGAAUCCCACAACGUCACCUGGGCAGAAGACUUUCAGAAGUAUCCUUCGAGAUACUACAACCGUUCCCGGAGGGGUAUUGACAUGAAUACCUACGGGAAGACGACACCACCGAAAACAGAGAUGUUACUUGAGCUAUCCGACUUUCGAGAUUUCAUCGACAACGCGCCCGUGGAGGAGGUGGCUAGGCAACUGCAAGCCGACCACGACCUGUCAAAGCACGACCAGUCAAAGGGAACAGAGACGGCAGGGCUCCCGAGUCUCACCGCCCUUUAUAUGCCCAAGUGGCCCUCAACAAGGGCUGUAGAGGUGGCCAGAUGCAUCUGGCCUGAGGGAUAG